CUCCAUCGUCCAUCUCCGGCGACCUCCCAGGCUCCCAGCUACAGCCGAAUCCCAACCAUCUUACCCGCCGCCAUCACUCUCGCCGGCGCGGAGACGAGCGAAAUCUUCUACCGAGCGGCGCCAUCUCGUUUGCUUCGGAUCUGCGCGAGCUGCCCGUGCUUUUGGAAUCCGAGGAGGUCCUAGGGUUCGCCCGCAUCCCUCGUACUUGUGCUCGCAGAAACAUGGAGAUACAGACUUCAGGGAAGCCCAUUGAUAUGCUGAUGGAGAAGGUUCUUUGUAUGAACAUCAUCUCUUCUGAUUACUUCAAGGAGCUCUACAGGAUGAAGACCUAUCACGAGGUCAUCGACGAGAUCUUCUACCAUGUUGAUCAUGUGGAGCCUUGGAUGACUGGCAAUUGCAGGGGCCCCUCCACUGCAUUUUGUCUACUCUACAAGUUCUUCACAAUGAAGCUUACUGUUAAACAGAUGCAUGGUUUGUUGAAGCAUCCUGACUCCCCGUACAUUAGAGCUAUAGGAUUCCUGUAUCUUCGAUAUGUUGCAGAUCCAAAGAUCCUAUGGACAUGGUAUGAGCCCUACUUGAAGGAUGAUGAGGAAUUCUCCCCUGGAUCUAAUGGUCGCACGACAAACAUGGGUGUAUAUGUGCGUGAUCUGAUACUUGGACAGUACUACUUCGACAGUAUCCUUCCAAGAGUUCCUGUUCCAGUAGUUCGUCAAGUAACAGCAAAUCUGGAGAAGAUGAAGCUGCCAACUAAGCUUUCUGGGGCGACUGGAGACUCCAGUCGUCAUGGAUCAGAGGAUAUGGCCCGUCGCCCCCCUUCUGUUAAAGCUUCUUUGUCAGUUUCUUUCGGACAGCGUGCUCCACACCGUGCUUCCACAAGGGAUUCGUCUCCAGUUCGGCGAACAGUUACCCAAGAUGAUCAUCGAAGAUCAUCUUCACCAUUUCGUCGUAGUAGAAGCCGGGACAGCCCUCACAAUGGCCGUUCAAGCCGUGACCGAAAUACGGACCGUUCAAGCCGUGACCGAGAACAUGAUCGUUCAAGUCGCGACAAGGAUUAUGAUAGGGAGAUGAGAGACUAUGACCGUGGCAGCAGGGACCGGGACUACCACAGGUCCAGGCAUUCAGAAGAAAGACGAGAUAGCAGAAGGGAGCAUGACAAUAGCAGACACAGAUGCUCCAGCUCACGUCAUAGGAGCAGGAGCCGCAGCAGGAGCAGGAGCCGAAGCCAGAGCCAGAGCAGGAAUGAGCAUCGAUCUAGUCCAUUUGGGGAUUUGAACAAAGAGAAGGCCGCUGCUGCCUUGAGCAACCUAGCCAAACUGAAAGACCUGUACGGUGAUGUAACUGAGAAGAAGGAUGAUGGUGAUGCCAAGCCGCGCCACCAUGAUUCAUGUGCGGAGGAGGUUAUCAGGCUGGGAGGCUCUAGAUGGAGGUAAACUUGAACCUCUGAUUUCCUCACCCAGGCCAUAUGGUGUUACUGCACCAUUUAAUCUGCCCGUAGACAUUUGUGAGAGCUCAGUCCUUGUAAACACUUGUACUUGAUGUUGGUUUCCUGCGUUACCAAUUCAUUUCUUCUGGAUAUGCUUCGAGUCCA